GCUUCUUUCUUUCAUCUGCCGCCGCCGGUCAUCGAUCGAUCCCCGUAAUGGCAUCCGCCGCCGCAAAUGCUACGGAGGAUCAGAAUCAACCUAACUGGCCGGAGCUCAAGUACGGGAACGGCGACUGCAAGCGCUGCCGGGAGCUGGAUAAGCUGAAGCUGAAACCCAAGCCCGACGACCACGAUUACAUAUAUCAGAGCGACGAUUUUGAGGGCGACGAAGAACUAAUGCUAAGGGUCAUCCAUUACAGGAGAACUUGCGAGGUCACCGGUAAUUUCAAUGUUGAUUGCCCUCCAUCACCAGAGUAUGCUUACAUCACCAAUCGAGAACACUAUUAUUUGAGUGAGGGGGAUUUAGACAAGAAAGUUCAGAGGGCGGUUAAAUUUGUGAUCGACACAUAUAAUGAACAGAAGGUGUACGAGGAUUUGUUACCACCCGAUUCCAGUUAUGAAGAACGCACAAGGGAACCUAAAUGGCCGGAGCUCAAGUACGGGAAAGGCAACUGCAAGCGCUGCCGGGAACUGGACAAGCUGAAGCUGAAACCCAAGCCCGACGACCACGAUUACAUAUAUCAGAGCGACGAUUUUCAGGGCGACGAAGAACUAAUGCUAAGGGUCAUCCAUUACCGGAGGACAUGCGAGGUCACCGGUAAUUUCAAUGUUGAUUGCCCUCCAGCACCAGAGUAUGCUUACAUGCUCCCUCGAGAACAUUAUUAUGCGAGUGAGAGGGAUUUCGACAAAAAAGUUGAGAGAGCUGUUAAAUUUGUAGUCGAUACAUAUAAUCAACAUAAG